CCCAGUCUUAUUUUUUUUUUCGAAAUAUACAUUUAUUUAAUAUUCUAUAAAUUUAGAAAUAUAAAUGAAGUGGAAUAGAGAAACAUAAUGUAAAAACUCUAUUUAUAGAUUAGAAGGAAUAGAAGGUCAAACAAGACCGUUAUAUUAAUAAAUCAGUAAGAUUUAUUUAAGCAAAAGUUAGGUACAAUAUCCAGUGAUUCUUAACCUUCAUUACAAUUUUGCAAUUAAAAUUCUUAGUUAGAUCUGAAGACAAAAAUAUGCGAAUUUUUACUGAAAAAUUAUUUUGUGUUUAAAUCUUUAAAGAAUUCACAAUAAGAUCAAAGUUGCUGAAUUAUGAAUUAAGUCAAGAGAUAUGUCAUCAAUAUGGAAGAAGUCAUUAUAUAGAUGGGGUAUAAGGUAUCUACAUCGAUCCCCUGCCUCGUUUGCAGAAAUAAAGUUGAAUGAUGUGGGAAUGGAUAAAACUAGAAACAUUGGUAUCAUAGCUCAUAUCGAUGCUGGGAAGACAACCACAACUGAAAGAAUGUUAUAUUAUAGUGGGAAGACCAAAAGAAUAGGUAACGUCGACGAAGGUGAUACUGUUACUGAUUACUUACCGGCUGAACGUUUAAGAGGUAUCACAAUCCAGCUGGCUGCCAUUUCAAUUCCAUGGAAUCGUCAUAAGAUAAAUAUCAUCGAUACACCAGGACAUGCUGAUUUUACAUUCGAAGUAAUUCGUUCUUUAAGAGUCUUGGAUGGAGCAGUGACCAUCUUGGAUGGUGUUGCUGGGGUGGAAUCUCAAACUGAAAAAGUUUGGAAACAAGCUAAGUCAUUAGGAAUCCCUCGUAUUGCAUUUGUUAAUAAAAUGGAUAGACCUGGAGCAGGAUUCAGUAGAACAGUUAAGGAAAUUACUGGAAAAUUAAGGACAAAAGUUGUAUUAUGUAACUUACCAUAUUUUGAAAGUGUUAAUGGAGAAGAACCUAGGUUUGUUGGAGUGGUGGAUGUUUUACAUAAGAAAUUAUUAAAAUGGAAACCUGAUUCAAACUCAACUGGUGAUGAAAUAGAUGUGAUCAACGUAACGGAAGAAGAUCAAACACUUCAUGAAGUGUUUGAGAUGAUCACAAAAGGAAGAGAAUCAAUGGUUGAAGUUUUGGGUGAAUAUGACGAAAGUAUCAUUGAUUCAUUUCUUGAAUGUGAUGAAGAUUAUAAUAAAAUCCCAGUUACAAUUCUAAAUAAAGCCAUAAGAAAAGCAACCAUUGAUAAUCAAAUAACACCAGUAUUUUGUGGAGCUUCAUUUAGAAACAUCGGAGUUCAACCUUUAAUGGAUGGUAUUACGAAUUACUUACCAUCACCAUUAGAAGCCAAUAUUCCAGAAGUUAAUAUUUCUGAUGAAAGAAUCAAAAAGAAAAAUUCAGCCAAUAAGAGUGUUUCAUUAGUACAAGAUAAAUAUAAGGGUCUUAUAAUUAAUAGUAAUCCUCAACUUACUGUUGCACUUGCAUUUAAAGUUAUAACUCAUGCCAAUAGAGGUGUUAUGACUUUUUUCAGAGUUUAUAGUGGUAAAUUAUAUUCCAAUACCACUAUGAUAAAUACCAGAACCGGUAAGAAAUUAAACGUCAGAAAGCUAUUAUUAAUGCAUGGAGAUGAACCUGAAGAAGUUAGAUAUAUUGGAGCUGGUAAUAUCGGUGUUUUGACCGGGAAUGAAGAUGAAAUAGUUACCGGUGAUACUUUAGUAAGUCAUGGACCAGUUAAAAAGGGAUUCUCAGACUUGGAAUCUCAUAUGAAAUUAUUACCUAUCGAAGUCCCACCUCCAUUGUUCAAUUCCGGAAUUGAACCUUUAACCGCUGGUGAUGAAGCUCAUAUGAAGGAAUGUAUCAAAGUUUUGAUUAGAGAAGAUCCAUCGCUAAAAGUUCAUGUGGAUGAAGAAUUAGGACAAACUAUUCUUGGUGGAAUGGGUGAAUUACAUUUGGAAAUUGUCAGAGAUAGAUUAAUAAGUGAUAUGAAAGCUAAAGUUAGACUUAGAGAUGUGGUUGUAUCUUAUAAGGAAAGUAUUUUAAAGAAUCCAUUUUCUUCAGCAUCAUUCAAAAAUUCUGAAGGAAAUGUUACGGUUGAAGUUGAAAUGGAUUCAUUUGAAGGAAAGGCUUCUGAAACCACUUUUGCUGAAGAAGAAGGUGCAAUCAUUUUCGAAGAAGAUAACAAUAUUAUUAUUUUGGGACCAGAUUCAACUCCACCAGAAGCAUUAGCAGCUAUUGAAGAUAGAAGAUGGAAGUCUGAUCAUUCACUUGAAGAUAUUCAGGAUGGUAUUAUUCAAAGUUCUUUAGCUGCCUUACAGAUUGGUGGUCCACUUUAUGGAUUAUCAUUACAUUCUACAGUAUUAAGAAUAAAGAAAUGGAACUUUCCAUGUACUGAAAGUUCAACCAAUCUCUCUGAAAUCUUAGAUGUCACAAGAAGAGCUAUCAGUAAAUAUGUGGAAGAAAAUGAGAGUAGCUUUGGUGUAUUAGAACCUUAUAUGGAAACUAAAGUUUAUGUCAAUUCAGGUGACCUAGGUGAAGUUUCUCAUGAUUUGACUCAAAGAUGUAAAGCUAUUAUCACCUCAUUAGAAGACGAAUCCAAUCAACACGAUUUAGACAAUGACACAGACUUAUCUCAUAAUGUCUAUCUUCCCCCUGAUUAUACGCUUUCUAAAUCUGAAGCUGCUUAUGAUUUCAAACUUCAAAAAGUGAUUGUUUGUGAAACUCCAUUACGAGAAAUGAUUGGGUAUUUAUCAAAAUUAAGAUCAAUGACGCAAGGAAGAGGAACAUUCGAUAUGGUGUAUAUAGGAAUGAGAAGAACCACCAAGGCCAGACUCGAUACCAUUGCCAGUGAAUUUUCAUUCAUGUAAAUAGUUUAAAACAUACUUGUAUAUACAAAAAUUAGAAAUUGCAAAAUUUACCUUACAUAACACAAAACAAGGCGGUCCUGAUGUGUGUUUUUGUUGUUUGAAAAU